GAAGAAAAGUGAAUUACACACACACACAAGAGAGAAAGCAUUAAGAUAAAACUGUCUGAAAAUGUCAAUUUAUCAUCUAGUUUCAUGGGGUGCAAAUUCUCACGGUCAGUUAGGACAAGGAAUGUUGUUCGAACAAUGCGUCUUACCUCAAGAAGUCAAUUUGUCCGGAUGUUCCCUGAGAUCAGAAAACAUAAGGAAGAUCGUUGGUGGUGCUGGCCAUACGUUGAUUUUGGACACAAACGGUCGUGUUUAUUCUUGCGGAUUGAACAACAAGGGACAAGCUGGUGUUGACGUCAAACAGAAAAAUGUUUUGACAUUUCAGCAGAUACAUUCUCUAGAACACGAGACAAUAGUAGACGUGUGUUGCGGAUGGGACAGUUCCGCGGCAUUAACGAGAGACGGCGAUCUAUAUGUAUGGGGUUCGAAUCGUUACGGCCAGUUGGGUUUGGAUACCUCGGAUUUUUCUCAGAUAUCGCAUGCUCGCAGAAUAUUGAUCGGUGAGAAAAUCAAACGCGUUUCUAUGGGCUUGCGACAUACCGCGGUUGUAACAGAAAACGGCAGUCUUUAUAUUUGCGGGGCAAAUAAUAAAGGACAAUUGGGUUUGAAUGAACCAAAAGAAUGUUGUGCUUGUUCAAGUAAAUUUAUCAAAGUUCUAGAAUCAAGAUUGCAAGGAAAUAGAGUAGAAGAUGUUGCCUGUGGUCAGCAUCAUACUAUAGUCGUAACAAGAAAACAAAAAGACAUGUAUGAUAUGUAUGGUUUUGGCGAUAAUAAACACGGACAGUUAGAAAUCUUUUCUAAAAUAUCUUCUGAAACGUUACAAUGUGUGCAAACCAAUUUUUUACUGGACGCACCAGUUCAAAUCUAUACAGGAUGGAGUCAUAUAAAUAUUUUGAGCAAUGGUACUGUCUUGUCAUGGGGCAGAAGUGAUUACGGUCAAUUGGGCCGUUUCUCAAAUCCACAAGUUUCUACAGAACUUCGACGCAUUGAUAGUACUCGAAAAAUUAUUCAACUUGCAGUCGGAUCAGAGCAUAAUGUUGCCUUAGCUGAUGAUGGAGCGAUAUUGUGUUGGGGCUGGAACGAGCAUGGAAACUGCGGCAACGGAAACACGGAGAACGUUUUACGACCAGAAGUUCUGUCGCUUCCAUCCAAUUUUGUUGGCUAUCUUGUUGGUGCUGGCGCGGGACACUCGUUUGCUGUGAUAAGGGAAAAAGACACAAGCUAG